CUAAUAGACAACAGCAACCAUUGUGACGACAUUGCUAUUUUUGUGUGUUGUGAGUUUCACCACGACGAUAAAUAAUGUCGGACCUUGCUUACUUAGACACGUUGGGCAACAAGGAGCUGCUGGCCAAAUGCCUGGAGCACGGCCUGCCCGGUGUUCCCGUGACGGACAGCACCCGCAGCGUCAUCAUUCGCCGACUGAAGUCCGUAAUCACCGGAGUUCCGCUGAACAAAAGCAAAUCUGCAAGUAAGAAAGCGAUUCCGAGGCGUGAGACCGUACACGGCAGCCAGGUAACGACGCCCACAUCGGAGCCAGUGCGUCGUACGCCCGGCAAGAGUGCAGGCCGCACUAGCAGUAACAACAACAAGAUCAGCGAGCAAAGUCGUCGCACAAUCGCCUAUGGACUCGACAACACCUCGAUCUCGGGAAGAUCUGUGCAGACUACUACCACGGUGUCGGAUAUGAGCUCCCAGUCGGAGGACGAUGGCUGCUACAUGGUGGACUCACCGGGGACUAAGUACUCCAAGGACCAACAGCCUAGACGCUAUGUUUCUCUAACCAAAUCCGGAGUUCUGACCACAUCGUACACACGCGAAGUUGACCAGCCGCUGUUCGAACAAGAGGAUAUACCACGCAGCUACACCUACGAAAGACCCCAUGUGCCAGCCGCCACUCUUCACUCACUUCCCACAUACGAGCCACGCAGCGAACCCCCGACGUACAGACCGACAGAUUUGUGUUUUUCGCGUCCCCUGCUGACCCAAACCAAUUUAAACUCGACCAGCUACCAGGAGGCAUCUGCAUACAAUCCAAAACUGUCACCCAUUUCGCCAAGAAACACUUUCAGCGGAUCCGCUAGGCCUUUUGGCGGCCCAGCGCCAUCUCCAGCACCCAUUCGCCAGCGACAGAGUGUUCCAGUAAGUGGAUCCAAUCUGGCCCGUGGUCGCCUGCUCCAGCCGACCACCGCAGUAAACACUCUAUAUCCAAAACUGAAUCAGUUCUACGAUCAGCCGGACAACGCAGGCGAACCCAUGGACACGGAGAGCGAGUCCGAAGUCGAGGAAGUACCCAUCAGGAGCCAAUUCCAAAAGAGUCGCUUCUCGCCGCUGGCUAGAAAACCUCUGUGAUAGUGAUGCUGGCCACCAUGGUGUACGUGGUAUUGACACCCAACGCCUGAGAAGCGUUCAUUUCACGGGACAACAUUUGGCUUUGGUUACUCCCCGCAUUUAAAUCACAGACUACAGCGAAGGAAUAUUUAUGCAGACUUUGCACCUUAAGACUUCUUUCAAUUCCAAACAUUUUCAAAACUAAGAAAUAUUCAAUUCAAAUUGCCAAGUCUUUAAUUGCUUGUUUCUCGCAUAUUGUUUCUUUUUAUACAUAAUUAGAAAAAUGUACUACAUUAUAAUUAUUGUAUUGUAUUAAAUAAACUAAUUAAAUGUAA